GAUAGAUAUCUACAUCUAUAUAUAUAUAGAUAUAUAUCUAGAAGUUCUUCUGUUGAUUGCAAUCUGCCGGAAUAUGGACCACCAGCAGCGCAAAUACGAUGCUCCCCGCAACGAGAAAGAGAAGAGCAAGAAGAAGUCCGCCGAGGAAGUGGAUGGGAAGAGGAGCAAAUUUCUUGAGAGAUUCACCAGUCGACCCAAGAAGGAAAAGCUGGCCACGACACAACAGUACUAUUCUCUAUCUGGCAGCUAUGAGACGCCAGCUCCCUCACCUCACCGCUCCGAUUCCCUGUCAGAGAAAGAGGUGAUGGCCUUGUUUGAAAAGAUGCUGGAAGAUAUGAACCUCAAUGAAGCACACAAGGCACCACUGAGAGACAAAGACUUAGCCACUAAACGGGAAAUGGUCUUCCAGUACAUCUGCACUGCUUCGAAGUCGACUCCAUUUUCUUCAGCGGAUCCUGGUUUGGCUUUUGUGCUGUGA